AGUAAAUAACGUCGUGAGUAUUCAGUGAUCCGUAGCUAUACCACUUUCUUUUUAUUUCCAGGUGUCGUCUGGUACAACAAGGACGGCGACGUUUAUCUGCUUGGCUUUUCUAUUUCUACUUGUCGAAGUUACCAAUCAUGCGGAAGGUGCGAGAAAAAGGUUCCGUAGGCCAACGACGUCGUCACCAGGUUCGUUGACGAGCGAUCAAGAAGUCUCAGCCAGUGUAAACAGAUUCAAAGUCACGCGAAAUCGUUUGGGCACAAAGAACACGAAAAAUGAGCUCCAGCCAACCAGCGACAGCACUGCCACUAGCAGUACCAAGUCAAAUGAUUACAAGAUUGUAUGCUACUAUACGAACUGGUCGCAGUACAGAACGAAAAUAGGUAAAUUCAUGCCAGAGGAUAUCCAACCGGAAUUAUGUACACACAUAAUUUAUGCGUUUGGGUGGUUGAAGAAAAACAAAUUGACCUCCUUCGAGUCAAAUGACGAGACCAAGGACGGAAAGAUUGGCCUAUAUGAUAAAAUGAUGACGCUCAAAAAAGCAAAUCCUUCUUUGAAAAUUCUUCUUGCUAUCGGUAAGUACUUUUUAAGUGUAAGAAUAUUCGAAUAG